CCUGGAGCGGAGAUUUCUGAUGUGUUUGGUUCCCACUUUUCGGUCCGUCGUAGUCCUCUGGCUCGUGCCGGCCAUGUCCAGUACAAAAGCGGGCCUCGGAUCCUACGGCGGCCCAUUCACCCCCACAGACAGCAACAAUGAGCCCCACCGCCAUCAACGACAACUUCCACCAAGUAGACAUCCAAGACCUCAAGUCCAAGGUCGUCGAAGGCCACGUCGAGCUCGAGGAGACCCCCAAGCCUCCCGUCGCCGACGACUUCAUGUACGACUUCAAGUACAACCAUAGCCUGCCCACCACCGAUGCCCUCGGUGUCUCCAUUCCCGACGACGCUGACCCUCAGGCGGCAGCUGAAGAACUACUCGCCACGCUUUCACAGGCUUUGGGCAAGGGCGACGCACAGGCGUUCACUGGCUUGUUUCUCGACUAUGGUGUUUGGAGAGACAAACUCGCCUUCUCGUGGGACUACCGCACCUUCAACUGGGCCGAGAACAUUUCUCAGGCUGCUGCCGACCUCUUGCCCACCAAUCGCUGUGCCAAGUUUGAGAUUCUCAAGCCCGCCCCAGCUUUCCAGAAUCCCUAUCCCGACCUCGGCUUUCUUCAAUUCAUCGUCGCUUUUGACACUCCCCUUGUUCGCGCGUCCGGUCUCAUCAACGCCGUCUACACCAAGGAGGGUUGGAAGAUUUGGACUCUGCACACCGUCGCCGAGUCUCUUCUCCAGUUUCCCGAAGUCGACCCCAGUGAUGGACACAUGACUGGAUCUGUCAGCUGGGAGAAUCAGAGAGCCGCCGAUGACGAUCAGAUCAAGCCCGAUGUUUUGGUGGUCGGUGGUGGUCAGAACGGUCUCGCUAUCGCGGCUCGACUCAAAGCUUUGGGAGUCCCCAAUCUCAUCAUCGAACGCAAUGCCGAGAUCGGCGAGAUCUGGAGGAAACGAUACGAAUACCUGUCUCUCCACUUCCCACACUGGGCCGACCACUUGCCCUACUUUCCCUUCCCAAAGCAAUGGCCGACCUACACGCCUGCCCAGAAACUGGGUAUCUUUAUGCAGUGGUAUGCCUCUGCUCUGGAGCUUCCUGUAUGGACCAAGUCCACUAUCGCCAAGGCAGAGCAGGAUGUCGACGGCAAGUGGACCGUCGAGAUCAACAAGGAUGGAGAGACCAGAGUCUUGCACCCCAAGCACGUUGUCAUGGCUACUUCACUGUGCGGUGUUCCAAUGAUGCCCGUCGUUCCUGGUAUGGACAAGUGGAAGGGAACCGUCCGCCACUCUACUGCCCACGAUAGCUCUCGCGACUGGGUCGGCAAGAAGGUUCUCGUCGUCGGCACAUCCUCCUCCGGCUUUGACACUGCCUACGACUGUGCCCGAAGAGACAUAGACGUUACUCUUCUUCAACGCUCUCCGACCUACGUCAUGUCCUUGACCCAUUCUGUUCCCCGUGGAAUUGGAAACUACGAGCCCAAGAAGGGUCUUCCUCUUCCCGACCUCGAGGAACAGGACAGGCUUUUCCACGGCACGCCUCUCGGCCCCGGCGAGCCCCUUGCGCGACGUAACCGUGCUACACUCGAAAAGCUCGACAAGGAGCUGCUCGAUGGUCUCCAUGCCAAAGGUCUCAAGACCUAUCCCGGUCAGCGUGGUACCGGGCAAGUCACCCUCGGCUCUACUCGAAAUGGAGGCUUCUACUUUGAGGCUGGGGCCUGCGAGCAGAUCAUCAAGGGCAAGAUCAAGGUGGAGCAAGGAUUUGUCGAGUCGUUCACCGAGGACAAGGUCAUCCUUUCUGGCGGUAGAGAGAAGGAGUUUGACUUGGUGGUCUUUGCUACUGGCUUUUCCGGCACCAUCGACUCAAUUCGAGCGACUUUGGGCGAGGAGAUUGCUGGCAAGUGCGGUCCCAUCUGGGGUGUUGAUGAGGAGGGCGAGCUGAACUCGGUGUACAAGGAGUGUGGCAUUCCCAACUUGUGGCUCAUGCUCGGCUACUUGCCCAUGACGCGUUACCACUCAAAGCUGGUGGCCCUCAGGAUAAAGGCUUUGCUCGAGGGUAUGUCACCCCCUCCUUACAAGGGCGCCAGGAAGUAGUGACAGGUUGAUGUGCGAUGACGCCAUGGGUUUGGCAGCCAAAAGUGUCAGUAGUGAAAGGACUUUUGUAGACUGUACCUUGAUUCAAUGCCGUCGCUUGUGAAGUAUAUGGCGUGCGGGAAUGCAGCAAUGUAUCUUUUAAAGAC